GUGCAUGUGUGUGUGUGCAUGUGUGUGUGUGUUAUAUGCAUGCAUAUAUUGUGCAUGGGGAAGGUGCAUUUUUAGGUCAUUGUGAGAAGAAAAAAGCCCCUGCAGUUCCUGGAUGUUAUGAUGCAGUCAUGCUGAGGUCAGCUAUUGGGUAAAGGAAGUGUUGUGUCACUCCCCUAGAGGUUUUGAAGAGUGUGCAAAUUAUGGGAUGUCCAAUCACCAUGCCAGCUUCUCUCACAGACACACACGAUGAUUCAAGUCGCAUCAUUUUCCACUCGCGCAUACCACACAACAAAGAGAAUGGCCAAGAUGAAAGGCGAAGUGGGGAGAGUUUUCAACCACACUCCUGUAACAUGAGUCAUGACUAAUUCAGCACUUUAGGAAUGGAGAAGAUCGAAAGUGUGGCAUGGCGUCAGAAGGAUAUCCACCCACGUCCCCACACUAUAUAAGCCCUACUUGACCUCUGUGACAGAAUCAAGCUGAGGUUGACAGAGGAACAUCCACAGACAGACAGGCAGGCAGACAGACAAACAAACAGAAAGACAGACAGGCAGAGAGAAGACUCUAGAAGUAUGCAUUCAACUUCCAACACUCCAGUUUUCAUGGUGGCCUGCCUGCUGGGCGUCUGUGUGGUGCUGAUGGGGGCACAUGGAACUCCCCACGGGGUUGCCCUAUCCAAGCAUGCGGGAAAGAAGCCCCAUGCCUACCUGCUCCUCAACCACAGCAUACCUGAGACCCCGCACAUACGCUCCUACAGCAACAGCUCACUGUCACCCUGGGCAUACAACAUCUCCCACGAAGACGACCGCUUCCCUGCUGACAUUUUCAACGCGUAUUGCCUCCACACUGGCUGCUUGACCAUCAAAGGCGAGGAGACCCAGGACCUGCUGUCCACGCCCAUCAAGCGUCAGAUCCUGGUGCUGAGGAAGAAGGCUGACAGGAAGGGAGAGAACUACUUCAUGCUGGACUACAUGACCAUCACAGUGGGCUGCACCUGUGUGCGUCCGCAUGUCCAACAGCAUUAGACAAACAGACAAACAAGCAGAUCUGUAUAGUGUUGAAUUGUUGACCUUAUUUUAUUUAAUCACUAUAUUCUGGC